AUGACGUGUAUUUCGAUGAUUGCUGGUAUUGUGUUGGCGUUCUACUAUGGAUGGCAAAUGGCAUUACUUGUGGUCGGAAUCCUUCCAUUGCUUGGCUUCGGACAAGCUUUGCGAGUUCGCGUGAUGAGUGGCAAGCAUCGUAAGAAUGCGAAGGAUUUCGAGGAUUCCGGCAAGAUUCGCCACUUCCAUAGUAUAUGUGCUGAACUGUUGCUCAUAUCGAUUGGGUUUGUAUUUGAUCGUCAGCAGCAUUAUGUUACCGUUGCGAGUACUGAGGGCCUGUCAUUUACAGCUAAACCUGGAGAAACACUGGCACUUGUCGGUCCGUCCGGCUGUGGCAAGAGCACGGUUGUUUCAUUGAUCGAGCGUUUUUACGAUGUCAAAGGUGGACAGGUGCUGUUGGAUUCCCACGAUAUUCGCACCCUUAAUCCAUAUCAUACUCGGUCACAGAUCGCUAUCGUCUCCCAGGAACCGAUUCUAUUCGACUGCUCCAUUGCGGACAAUAUUGUAUACGGAUUGGAAGGGUUAUCAACAACGAAAAACACAUUUGUUGGCGACAAAGGAACACAGUUGUCUGGCGGUCAGAAACAACGAAUUGCCAUCGCUCGUGCUCUUGUCAGGAGCCCGAAGAUUCUGCUGCUAGAUGAGGCAACCAGCGCCUUGGAUACGGAAAGUGAAAAGAUAGUGCAAGAGGCAUUGGAUCGAGCUCGUGAAGGUCGUACAUGUAUUGUGAUCGCUCAUCGUCUCAGUACGGUCGUCAAUGCAGAUUCAAUUGCUGUCGUAAAAGGAGGCGUGAUCAUUGAACAAGGAAAACAUUCGGAACUCUUGGCGAAACGUGGUUUCUACUACGAACUCACACAAAAACAGACGGUCAAGGCCGGUAAUGCGUAA